CCGAAGCAGAGGUCUGCACUCUCUCGGUUGGAUGGUCUGAUGCGGGGGGCCCGGCGAUGUGCGACCCCUACCCCCCGCAAUGCUCAAGAGGACCAGACGACGGAAGCAACACUCCGGCAUCCUCCUCCUCUUCCUCCACGCCAUCAUGGCCUCACUCGUCCUCACCAGCGCGUCCUUCCUGCAGGACCAGCGCACCAGACGCGAUGACAAAAGGCACCAGCACCAACAGCAGAAGCAGAAGCAGAAGCAGCAACCACAGGAGAAGAACCCCGCCCGGCAGCGGCUCAGGGACAUACGGUCGUCGGCAGCGCACUGGCUGCACAAGAAGGGGGCGCCGAAGCGUCUGCCGCCACUGGCAUGGUGCUCCGACAGGCGGAUGACGGCGGCGGUGCCCGUGGGGUAUGAUCCAGCGCAGAUCGGCAAGCGGAGGGGCGGGUUCGCCAACUCGCCCACCAUCAACGAUGAGAUCGUGAGCUGGAAUGACACCGAGUGGCGGCCUGACGGGAAGGGCAACGGCACUGAGGACUGCCGGGCGGUGUAUGCCUUCAACUUUUUCGGUCUCAAGGCCGACGCGCUGAUGGCGUCGGCGGGGUACGAUGAGUGCGGCACCACCGUGACGCGCACGGCCCUCUACACCUACUACACCAACGUGCUGCGCCUCAACGGGCCCAACAACAAUGUCAUCGUCACGUGCGCAUGCCCUGUCGACCUUCCCACAAACACCUCGCUCGACGACCCAGUGCCCAGUUGUCAGUCGACGGCCAAGUGGGAGCAUGAGUCGACAUCCAGACGCGCCUUUCAUGGCCGCAACGUCACGAACCCGAUGGUGGGUGCGGUGGGGCGGGGCCACCUGCUGUCGAGCGAGUGGAUGGUGGGAGAGAACAUGACCAUGGCCGUGCAAAAACGAGACGAGUGAGUCAGUCAGGAAGGGGGGAGAGGGUAUUGGCAUGGUAUCCAUGUUGUGAAUGUGUGUGUUUGUGUUGUGUGUCAGGGAGCUGGUUUUCGAGUCGGUGAUCGAGGGAGAGGCAGCCCAUCCGUGGCCGAUGGUGUGUGUGGCCCUCUGCAACGACACCAGUGGCCCAGCCGACCGGUCCAGUGACCGCUGCUCCCGCACCCUAAUGCUUGAGGGCUGCCCCGUCGACGCCGACAAUCGCUACAACUUCACGGUCCUCAACCAGACCGCCCACCGCAUCGUCUUCUCCUUCUCCCGUGACGCCCUCCCCUCCCCCGCCCCCCCGUAUAGCGACGCCGUCAGCGUCCGCUGCAUGAUGGCCGCCUUCCCCCAGCCCCCCUCCAGCAAGGCCAUGUGCGAGCUGCAGAAGACAUACGCAGCCAAGAGGCGACGAAGGAAGCUUCAAGAGGACGAUCCGGCAACAACAACAACAACAACAACGGCAGCGACAGAGGAGAGGAAGGAAGAGUUCCUUGCCAACGGGACCAGGAAAUGGGACGACCUCGCUGCAGAUGCGGAGGGCACGGUGGAGGGUCACGUGUUGAACCCCCUCAACUUCCCUCUCACCGGGCUGCUGGGUGUGCCUGGUGCCCAGUUCCCCCGCUUCACGCCCUCGGCCGAUCGGGUGGCCGUGGAGGUGGCCAACGAGAUCGUCUACGACAACUGGCAGGUCAACUGGGGACGCGACUUCGCCGAGGCGGAGACGGCCGUCCAAGUGGGCAAUGACCUGGCCUUCGUGGGCAUCGGUAUCGGGGUCGACCAGCGGGAGAGUGCCGUCAACGUGGGCUACGGCAAGACCACCGUGUCGUAUUCGGCGCAAGAGACCGACCUCGAGGCAGGUGUCGGCGUGGCAAUCGGGUCAUACGGUGUGCGUGUCGAUAACGACAUCGACGAUCGGGCCGUGGCCGUCGAGGCGGUCGCCAGAGGCGUCGAAUCGGGGACCAACGUCGACAUACUCGAUCGGUACAUAGCUGACACGCAUACAUCGAAGACAGACAGACUUAAGCGUGAGUGGCUUGUGGCUUCGUGUUGCAGGGAUUACGGUCAGCGCGUCAAGGUCCGCAACUUCGAGUUUGCGGCGCGUCACGACUUCUUCGACGUGCAAGACCCCAGCACCUUCGACGACGACGAGCUGGCGACGGAGGUGUUCGUGGGCUACAAGACCACUGCCGUGGCCGUCGGCACCGACGUCGACGACACCGAAUACGGCGUCAGUGUGGGCACACUUGGGUACCAAUUCUCAAUCAUUCGCGACUUCGACGAGCGGGAAACGGACUUCCAAGGUCAGCUAAGCGAACGGACGACAGGUUCCUGCCUCCACUCGGCGACUGUGGGCUCUGGUUCUCUAUCUAUCUGUAGGCAACUGGGGCGAUGGCUACCAGCUUGUCUUGAAUGGUUGGAAGGGCCGAUGGCCGUGAUAGAUACCGCCUGAACUUGUCGUGAGUGUGCAUUAAUUAUGUCUGUCUGUGGCGGUUCCUGCAGGUGACUUCCCCGACUUCGCCGACACUGAGGUGUUCGGUCAGGUGGGGUUCGGCAAGCUGGGUGGCGUGUACGUGCAGAUCGGUGCGGGUGUGGGUGGGGACGGCAUUCCACAGGGGUCGGCAGAAGUCGAGACCAGGGACAUCGGCAUUGGAUUCGACUUCAUCGAUGACGGGGGCAGGCGCCUCUUUCUGCUAUCAAUCACCAUCGGUGGGUGAGACAGACAGAAAUGGAUUGGGGAGCACUGGAUGAGUGUGGCUUUGUCUUCUGUAUGUGUGGUUGAUUGGUGCAGGCAAGUUCACGUAUGUGUGGGAAAGGUAAGGACAGACAAGCCACGUGGAUUCGCUCGCUGGCCGACGCUCACUGUCCUGCUGUUUCCUUGUCCUUCUUCCCCCCGUGUAUGUGUCCGCGCGAUCUUAGCAUCGUUGUGCCAGGUAACGCUGCACGUGAGCCAUGUCGAGCGUACAAGCGUCCUUAUGUCUCUCUCUCUCCCUCUCUGCCUGUGUGUGUAUGUGCAGACAAUCUGGAGCUCCCCCUUAUACUGGGUUCGGAUUUGGGCCUUACCUCCGCCGAGUCGCAGAGCACCACUUUGUCACGCCCCCAAUGAUGGAUGGAUGGAUGGAUGGAUGGGCGGGUGGGUGAGUGGCGUAUUCGACACAUCUAUAUGGUAGAGAGAUGUACGUCCAUUAUAUACAUCCGUCAACACGGGCAGGGGGACAGGCAGUGGGGCAGAAGAGCUGGUCGGUCGGGUCUUCUCUUCACACAUACACACACGGGAUGGAGGCGAGGCGCUCCGAUGGUUUGUUUUUUUUCGUGCCUAUCUCCUCCCUCCCUCCGUUCUGUCUACCGCCUCUCCAGCCACAUCUGUCUGUUUUUGGUUCUCGGUCGGUCCAGGCAUCGAUUGAUCGAUCUAUCGAGGCACCUACCUUUCAAUCAAUGCUGUAUGUGUGUGUGUAUGUGUGUACAGACUUGUUGUCUUUGAUUUGUUCCCGCUUCGCUGAUCAGCGGUGACUAGUCUGUCUGUCUGUCUGUCUCCUUGCGUAUUCGUAUCGAUACGUCAAGUCAGUCCAGCUGGGGAUGAGGACGACAUCAUGAUCCACACACGGGGUGUACAUACAUACGGACGCACGCACACACACAUACAUACAUACUUGAAUCGACGAGUAUACUGGAGGCCGGACGUCCGUGCAUGGGCAUACCGGGGGGCGGGGCGUGUGCGCCGUGUAUGGUGUCUGUCUGCGGUGUGUGCGGCGCAUGCCGCUAGUCGAAUGAGUGAAGGUCAUCCUAGGGUGGGGUGUGCGUGGAUGAUCAUAUGCGAUCGAUGCGGCGGAGUCGAGUCGAGCCGAGUCGACCAGCAGUAAUUCGGUGGGCACUGAUUUGUUGUUGUGACGGGAGCUGGGACGGGACAAUCAUGCAUGUGUUCUGUCUUAAUUGCCGUGCGGAAAGCGAGCGUGGCAUUCCAUUCCCUUCAUGUGUGUGCAUCGAAGACCGUGAUUCAUUCAUGUCUGCAUGCCAUCUCAUGUCAAGAAGGCUUGCUUCGCACAAACAUUCUCGGACCUGCCUGGACCUGCGUGUUCGUGUGUGAGUGCGUGUUGGGGCCGGUUGACGAUGAGGGCAACGCGCUGCUGGGGGGCGCCCAGCAAUUUACGGCAGACUGGCUCGAGAUAUUCCACGUCAUCGACACACACAGCUGGCUGGCUGACAUCGUGUGUGUGUGUCGAUGACGUGUUGCUAAUGCUCAUCAGAACAGUCGAUUAGCAGGAGUGACACGACCUCCACAGGACAGGAGUGUACGUGACGUAAUGAGCAACCUUGUUUCGAUGGACCGCCCCGAGGGGACACCACCGUUGGACGACUCGACUCAAUGUGUCAACCCACAAACUGUGAAUAUAUCUUUCUGUACGUAUGGAUGUAUGUGCGCUGUCGUUGCCACGGACUAGUUGAUUGACAUGGAUGGAAAGAGGGACACCCACAGAGUGCAUUCAAUGAAUUGACGUCUCCGUUGCACCAACACGAAACGUCUGAUUGGUUGACAAUAAUUUGACAGCAGGACGAGUGCAAAGCUUACAAAGCGGGAGUGAGAGUGCAAUCUGCUUCCCUUGUGUGUUUCGUCCUCCAGCCGGUAGUCGUUCAUCACCUCAGUCAGGGCGGACAGUAUCCCAGGCUGCUUCUGGAGGUCAGCCAUGUCCGCAUGAAUUUUCUGAAUCCUCUGGCUGGCGAUGCGGGACGCGUAAUAGAGAGCGUCUUCAUCCGGCGGAAUCAUAUCACUAUCGACAUCGGCAUCAUGAUCCAUCUCGUCCCAACCCGGACUUGCCACACACUCUAAAUCAGCCAUGUCGGUGGAAGCCAUCAUUUGAAUGUCUAAGCUCGCGAGAACGCGAUCCAGGCAUUUACAGGCCAUUUGGAGGAAAAAAUUGAGCCCGUCAGCCUGAAGUGAUUGCCUGAUUGACCUUUGUCCUGCGCACGGCUCACAGAGCGACUUGAUUCAUCCAGAAUCGGACACGCAGCCAGGAGCGAUGGACAGCAGCAGCGCUGACGGCCGCCUCAAGCAGAUCGAGAAUUUGCUGGUGCGGAUCAUGGCGUCGUACCACAGCAUGGAGAUCACCCUCAAUGCAGUCCUGGCCCGCAACAGACAGCUGGAGGCCGAGAAUGCUGCAUUGAAGCGGUGAGGCAAAUCAGCGGAGUGAGUCAUUGAUUGAUUCAAUCUCAUGCAGGCGAGUGAGAGACACCACGACGACAUUCGACAGUGACG